GCAGUGCUUUCAAACUCAGAGAUCCAGUUUCCGUUCGCGAAUAACCAAUGAUUUAGCUACGUACAGAUGACGUAUUUGAAGUCUUUUCAUGCGAUAUUGAUAAACUUUAUGUGACACUCCGAAGCAUUCAUGCAAGCGGUGGUGCUUGAUGUCCACAGUUGAAAAGGCGUUCGAAGAUAGAGCUGGUGGUAUUCUUCUUUUCUCCUCUGGUUGGCUAGCCAAGCUGGACAGUGUUAAAUUAAAUAAUAUUUGCAGCCGGAGAUCAAGUGUAGUCUACGGAAAGAAAGUAUACAUUUGGAUAUGGGUCAGGUCCACGGGAACUGCUUCCAAAGUGGGAAGCAGCACAUACGAUCACCGAGAAAUGUGGUCCUGUAUAAAUCAUCAGAAGAGGAGGCGAACAGAAACGUGUUAACUACAGUUAAAUCCAGAUGUGGAUACAUUGGGACAAGCCAGCCAUUGACAAGACGCAGAAAUAGUGAGUGGCACCCUGACGGUUGGGGCGGCUCCACUCAAAACUAUUUGACAGACGGGGGAAUAUGUUCAUGGAUAAUCCCCAUCCAGGCAUUAAUGAAAACAAAACACGUAGAUCAGCGAAGAGUCUCUUUUCGGCGAAUUCAUUUUCUUAGCUGUACAAUCGCAAAUAUAUAUGCAUUGUUUUGUAUGUAUGUGUACAUUAAGUUUGUCAAACAAAGUUACAAUUGGUUAAGGUUACUUUUAACUAAACAAGUGAAGGUUGGUAAUACAGGUCAAGAAAAUUAAGUGCUAAUGAAACUAGGGUAGUAAAAAAAUGAUGAGUUGUCACAAACAGUUGUAAUAAUAAUAGUGAGUUUUACUCAGGAUGCACA